UGCACGCCUGUACCGAUCGUAGUUGUAUAGUAUUGUAUAGGUUAUGAGACCGUAAACAAAACUCCGCGAGUGUUUCACUAAUUUAUUUACGAUAUAUCUGAUACAAAUAUCAGAUAGAAACUAUGUAAAACGUCGAUAUAAAAACGAUAACGUUUGAUUCUAUUUAUUAGGUUUGAAUGUUUUUGUAACUUGAGUGGAAAACUUAGCUUAAAAGAAUGAGUAACGAAACUCAAAUUACUAAUAUCGUUAACGAUAUUUUGAGAGUAGAAGCUAUAGAAGAAGCAUUUAGCUGCGUGCUCGUGCAUCAUCCGAAUAGCGAAAAUGAUAAGAUAUCGUCAUGGCAGACAGAGUUAACGUCUGCUAUGUCAAAUUUAUCCAAAGAACAGCAAGAGAACGCCGUACGACAUUUUUUAUCUAUGGCAGCAGCAAUGACGAAUCAUAGACGUUUACAAUUGUUAUUGUCUCUACUCGAAAAUUUGGUUACAUCUAACGUCUUGCCAGCAAGACUUGUAUGCGAGUGUAUAUUAAGCUGUGAUAAACUGCAGUAUCAAUUAGAAGAUUUUUGGGUCGAAUGUUUCGUUCUUAUUCGGCAUAUUAUUGGCGGAGUUGAUUAUAAGGGAGUCCGAGAAAUAAUGAAGGGCUGCAAAGAAAAAGCACAAACUAUUCCUGCAAAGCUGAACGCAUCUGUUCAGCCACAGUUAAAGGCUCUAGAAAAUGUAAUCGAAUAUAUUUUCGAUAGAAAUGCUUGCCUAUUGCCUGGCUAUUUUAUAGCGAAUGAAAUUCAAAAAGCUUACCCCGAUGGCAAAAAUUGGCCACACUGGAAAUUAGCAAAAUUACUUUCAAGUUUUGUUGAAAGUUUUCGUACCACUGCGCAAAUGGUAUCUAUUGUCGGACAUUCAAAAAUGUUACCGGUGGUAGAACAUACUGGAUACGCAGAUUUAAUUAAUCCUUGGGUGCUCGAUACUACGACAUUGAAAUUUUCUUUGAAAGGAAAUUUACCUUACGACGAGGACUUACUUAAACCUCAAACUGGAUUGCUCAGAUACGUUUUAGAACAACCCUACAGCAGGGAUAUGGUUUGUUCUAUGCUUGGUUUACAAAAGCAGCAAAAACAAAGAUGUAUAGCUUUAGAAGAACAAUUAGUUGAAUUGGUUAUUCAUGCUGUGGAACGCGCAGAGAACGAAACUUUGCCAGCCGAAGGAACAGACGGAACUGUUGCGAAUCACUAUGUAUGGUUACAUUUAUCAUCGCAGCUUAUAUAUUUCAUACUAUUCUCUUAUGCUUGUUUUCCAAGUAUCGUAAUGGCAAUCCACGGUAAACUAGCUGGCAGAGAUUUGAGGAAAGGGAGAGAUCAUUUAAUGUGGGUUCUGCUGCAAUUUAUCUCAGGAAGUAUUCAAAGAAAUCCUCUAUCGAACUUCUUGCCAGUAUUAAAGUUGUACGAUCUUCUCUAUCCGGAGAAAGAACCUUUACCUGUUCCGGAUUAUACUCAAGCGUUGUGUACACAUCAGAUGGCCAUAACAUGCAUAUGGAUACAUUUAUUGAAAAAAGCUCAAUCCGAACAUACAAAUAUUCAUAGACCUAUACCUCACACUCUGAAACUUCACCACGAAUUUUUGCAACAUCUAGUGAUGCCCAAUACUUCCUUAUGCAUGGGUUCCGACUAUCGCAUCGCUUUACUGUGCAACGCGUAUUCAACGAAUCAAGAAUUCUUCGGUAGACCAAUGGCAGCUUUAGUAGACACCAUACUCGGCACUCAAAAAGGUCAACAACAACAGCCGAUGCAAACGUUACAAAAUAAUGCGGCUCUUGCGAGUGGUCCAACCACACCGUUGUCCAUGUCCAUCUUAGAUUCGUUGACGGUUCAUUCGAAAAUGAGUCUCAUACAUAGCAUCGUGACCCAUGUGAUCAAGUUAGCUCAAUCUAAGAGCAACAUGGCACUGGCACCAGCCUUGGUCGAAACUUACAGCCGCCUGUUGGUGUACACCGAGAUCGAAAGCCUUGGUAUCAAAGGUUUUAUUAGCCAACUACUUCCAACAGUUUUCAAGUCUCACGCGUGGGGAACACUGUACACGCUCCUAGAAAUGUUCAGUUAUAGAAUGCAUCAUAUACAGCCGCAUUACAGAGUACAACUUUUAUCCCAUUUACACAGUCUUGCAGCUGUGCCACAGACUAAUCAGACACAGCUUCACCUGUGCGUGGAAAGCACAGCUCUACGAUUGAUCACAGGUUUGGGAUCUGCCGAAGUACAGCCGCAGUUGUCUAGAUUUUUAUCAGAACCAAAAACUCUCGUUUCCGCGGAAUCGGAAGAGUUGAAUAGAGCUUUGGUAUUGACGCUGGCAAGGUCUAUGCAUGUCACAGGCACAGGAUCGGAUAGUCACAGUGGCACAUGGUGUAAGGAAUUAUUGAACACGAUAAUGCAGAAUACACCACAUUCCUGGGCCAAUCAUACUCUUCAAUGUUUCCCCCCGGUUCUCAGCGAAUUUUUCCAACAGAACAGCGUGGCGAGAGAAAAUAAACAGCAAAUCAAGAAAGCGGUAGAAGAAGAAUACCGAAAUUGGUCUUCCAUGAGCAACGAAAACGACAUUAUAGCACACUUUUCCGUACCUGGAACACCACCUUUGUUCCUGUGUCUUUUGUGGAAGAUGAUUUUCGAAACCGACCGUAUCAGUCCAAUUGCAUAUAAGAUUCUUGAAAGGAUCGGUGCCAGGGCCCUGUCGGCACAUCUCAGAAAGUUCUGCGAUUACCUUGUCUUCGAAUUUGCUAACAGCGUGGGCGGCCAACAUGUAAACAAAUGUGUGGACACGAUUAACGAUAUGAUGUGGAGAUACAAUAUAGUAACCAUCGAUAGACUGAUUCUUUGCCUAGUAUUAAGAACUCAUGAAGGCAGCGAAGCACAAGUAUGUUUUUUCAUCAUUCAAUUGCUAUUGCUCAAAGCCAUUGAAUUUCGUAACAGGGUUCAAGAAUUCGUUAAAGAGAAUUCACCAGAACAUUGGAAACAAUCGAAUUGGCACGAAAAACAUCUUGCGUUUCAUCGGAAGUUCCCAGAGAAGUUUGCUCCCGAAGGCAUUAUGGAGCAAACCAGCGGAGGCCCUAGUCAAUAUCAAAGUUUGCCGGUUUAUUUUGGAAACGUGUGCCUACGAUUUUUACCGGUCUUUGAUAUAGUCGUACACAGAUACUUGGAAAUUCCGGCUGUGUCGAAAAGUUUGGAAACAUUGUUGGAACAUUUGGGGUGUUUAUACAAAUUUCACGAUCGACCCGUGACAUAUCUGUACAAUACGUUGCACUAUUAUGAACGUAUGUUAAGGGACAGACCUCCUUUAAAACGGCGACUGGUAUCCGCAGUACUAGGAUCAUUGAGGGAAAUUAGGGCUCAAGGAUGGGCUCUUUCGGAAGCUUAUCAGAUGUACAUGACACGGUCGUCCGACGAUGUUGUUACCUGGAUGCCAGAAUUAGAUUAUUACAUCCGGUUAGUUCGAAGAAUCGUAGAAACAAUGUCAGGUACAGCUCAUUUUCCUGCUACCGAUUGGAGAUUCAAUGAAUUUCCAAAUCCUGCUGCGCAUGCAUUGUACGUUACUUGCGUCGAACUCAUGGCUGUUCCAGUUGCUCCUAAUUUGGUUGCUAAUUCAUUACUGGAUGUGGUUGCAAAAGGGUACACUGUGAUACCAUCGGAUGAAAUUCAUUUAUGGAUAAAUUGCGUGGGAUUGCUACUAGCCGCGUUACCAGAAUGUUAUUGGUCAACGCUACACGACAGAUUAGUGGAAACUAUAAACAGUCCAGGAUUAGCGAAUUGGCAAUACAACAAUUUAACACCGUUUCAAAUGUUCAAUUUUAAUAAUACCCAUAAUAGUCUAUUGGAAAACAAAUAUAGUUACAUGCUGGCGUUGGCACACUCUGUGUGGCAUCAUGCCGGCGUUGGACAAAUCACUACCAUGCCCCAGUUUAUCAAAGAAAAACUUCAACCAGUUGUGAAUAGCGAGGAACAAUUAAUAUAUGCCUGUCACUUGAUUGGACCUACCUUGGCAAGAUUCAAUGCUGAGAGACCAAAUUGCGUUGUUGAAUUGGUGGUCCGUUUAUAUGAAAUGCUUAAACAAGUAGAUCGGCAUCAAACGCAUAUCAAAUAUAUGGAUCCUGUUUGUGAUUUAUUGUAUCAUAUAAAAUACAUGUUUGUCGGUGACAUGAUGAAGAAUGAAGUGGAAUGUAUUAUAAGAAGACUGCGACCAGCUUUGCAAAUGCGAUUACGAUUUAUUGCGCACACGAACGUAGACGAAAUUCAGUCUUCCUGAGACACUCCAAAUACGAGUACCGUGGAAGUGAAUACUUCGUAACGCGUUGAAUUCGUUGAUCGUGUACACAGUGUUUUGUGCAUGAUCUUAUUUAAUAACAUUGAUAUUAGUAUUCAAAUUGUAAAAAGAUUUAUUUAAUGCAUUUUCUACAUGACAAGCAUACGUUGUCUACUUUGUACGAAGAAAAAGGAAUUUUCUAAAACAUUAAAUGAUAUAGUUGGCAUUAUUUAACAAAGUAAUAUGUACAUAUAUGGUCUCUAUCUUCUCUAAUAGCAAGAAGGUAGGCAUACUUAUCAAACGAUAAUGACAAUUUAAUAUUACUGGCCAAUCAUGGAAGUAAUAACACUUGAAAUAAUAAUGCUCUUAUGUAUGUAAAAACAUUUAUAUUCAAUAAAUCACAAUUUCCAUAA